GCAGUUUGGUUGUCGUAGGAUCCAUCUGGUCGCAACCAGCCAAUUCCUCUCGCCCUGCUGCCUCGCUUCCCAUCCAGCAUUCCAAUGCGCCAUGAAGUGUCUAGGGAGACAAACUUUCGAGGGCUUUCGAAGCGUAAUUUCUACACUUUGUGUGUUAGAGAGGCGUUCGUUUUGAUGACUUGGGUGUAAUUUGCGGGCCGGGAGGAGGGGGGAGGAUCUUGUUGUGUGAUUCAGGGAGGUGGGGAGUUUCGCAAUUGAGUAUUCUCCUCGGAGUUGCGGAGUAUUUGUGGGUGGCAGAACAACGAAUGCUUGGAUGGUGGUCCCUACUGCUGAUGGAAUUUUGUGGUGUGCGAUGUGCGUUAGAAAGUCUGUAGGUAGAGAUAGAGGGAAAAGAAAACCAGAAAAAUAAAUAAACAAGUAAAUAAUCCAUAGAUAACCGAAACUAAGGUUGGUGGAUUUGUGGGUUCUGUUGGGAGUUUUUAAAGCUUACAUUCUCUUGGAUUGGGAUUCUUGGGAUGGCUGCACGGUUACUUGAGUAUUCGGCUACCGCCGACGUCUGUGCACAUUGCAAUGUCGUCAGGUGUGGUGUGGUCAAUGGCACCAGCAAGGGGACCUCCCAUGCGAGGAUGUUGAAAUUAGGACGUGACGACUGGCUUGGGGAUGGAAAUUUCACUCAUACGAGACUUCUUCUGAAGCAAAAAAGACGAAGCUGUCGAAUUCAUGUUCGAGCUGGGAUUGAAGAAUUGGCGUUAGAUCAGGUGUUGGUUUCGGCAGUUACAGCAAGUACUCUUGCCCAGCUCGUCAAACCUUUUGCAGCAGGCUUGAUCGGGAAAGGUUUCAACUGGAAGUUGAUUUACAAAUCUGGUGGCAUGCCUUCUUCUCAUUCUGCUGCUGUUACAGCAGCUGCAACAGCUCUUGCUUAUGAGAGAGGAUUAUCGGAUGGAGUUUUCGGAUUAUCCGUUAUUGUAGCAUGCAUUGUAAUGUAUGAUGCUCAGGGUGUAAGGAAUGCCGUUGGCAAGCAGGCCAAGGUCAUAAACACCAUGGUCGUAUCAUACAUACCCCAACCUCAGCCUCAGCCUCAGCCUCAAGUGGAGCAAUCUCUCCCAGUUGAAAUUGGCGCUGAACUCACACAGGAUCCUGCUGAAAUGGUGAGGGCUGUCUUAGACAAGAACUCUUCAUCAAAAGCUAUGCUAAACGCGCCAUCUUUAGUAAUCCUCGACGGUAAAUCACCCAGUGCAAGCAAGUCAUACAGCGAAACAGCUGCAGAUUUCUAUAAUGGAGCUUAUACAAGGUCUAGAGGUUUUUUCGAAUUAGCUCGGCAAAUGCCAGCCAUGCAGGUGGGCGAAGUGGACAUCCAAGAGCUUGGAAAGCAGGAUGGAUGGCGCCUUCUGCCACUGAAAGAAUCAAUCGGUCAUACCAAAAUUGAGGUACUUGGAGGAGGUCUUUGGGGAGUUGUGAUUACUUGUAUACUUCAUUCCCUUCAUCAGUCUUAGAGGCUUUCAGCUCAUGUCAUGCUUCCGUUUGCUUGUUUACAGCAAUUUUCAAAAUCUUCUUGUACCCUUUUUGCCUUCAGGGAAUCUAGAUCGUAGGCUCACAAUUUUGUCAUUGUCUUUAUACACGUACACAUCAAUACACAUUUUUAUCAUAAGUGUUAUAUUUCCUCUA